AUGGAUAUCUUACAAAAUCCUGGUUCCUGUGGGAACCCAGGUCGGUUCUCCAGCCAACUGCGGGAUGCUCUUGCCUCCAAGCUUCCCAAGCCUUCCGACGUCUGGAGCAUUCCCGAAUCAAUUGCAAUCCAAGAGGAAGACUGUCCUUACGACAUGGAAACGCAGUCCUAUGCGGGAGAAAACCAUGUCCCGAUGGAUGAAGACACAGGAGAUGGAGCUGAGGGUGAUUGGGAUAUGGAGGCCCAAAGCGCGGCAGAUGACGGUCCAGAAGCGGUGCAUUCUGGAGAGGCUGAUGUUCCCGUAUUAAUUGGCAAGUGUUCCAAAGAACCGCCGAGCUCGGUGGGUGCACGCCUCGCAAGAAAGCUUGAGACUUGCUCCAAUGUGGAUAUGCUAAUGGAAAUUUCCAGGUACGUGGAAAUACAGCUCGAUGAACAAAAUCGCUGGAACGACGAGAUUGUACGAGGCAUGGAGACCAUCCAGAGAGCGUGCCAGGAAAUCUCGGCGCUCAAAGCAGAAUUGGCUAUGUUGAAAGACCAAAUGAACUCGCUAUCCAAGGAUAGCCCAGGUACUGGGAGAAGACCCGGACGACCCCCCAGGCGUGUGGCAGAAUAA